AUGAGCCUAUUGGGGGCGGUGCUCGACAAGUUUCACACUGUUUUAAAUAAAAAUCUGUAUCGCAACAAUGACAUGUUGAGCAGCAAAUGGGGUAUGAUAACUAAGCGGUGCAGCAAAUUCAACGGUAUUUACAACCGGCUUGAGGCGCAACAACAAAGCGGAACCAACGAUUUCGAUUUUUUCAAAUCUGCUAAGGAACAAUAUCGGGUUGAAAUGGGUCAUGUUUUCGACUUUGAAAAAUCAUGGGAAUUCUUGCGAACGGAUCCAAAGUGGAAUAAAACACCUACAUCGUCGGAGGUUCAAUCCAAAAGGUCUCGUAAUUCUAGCUCGGUCGACGUGUCAGACGCACGAACUAACAUCGACCUAAACGCCGACGACGAUGAGAUCCUGGAUGAUAUCCAAGAGAUAUCCCCGCCACGACGACCGCCCGGACGCGACAAAGUGAGGCGUGCUGCAAGACAUGCGGAGGAGGUGGAGACGAGAGCAAAAGAGGCGGCGGAAAUGAGAGCGAAAUUCGACGGGCAUAAUUUAUUAAUAAAAGAAAAAAAUGAGUUUAAACGUCGUCAUUUGGAGUUCUUGGAAAGGCAGGCACGGAAAAAGCAGGAGCAAAAAAAGAGGGAGCUAAUGACACAUCAAUUGUAA